AUGGCAUAUGCCGACACGCCAAGAUAUGUAACUAUGUUCCGUCGUUAUGACAACACACAGGGUGCAAUGGGACCAACUGAAUUCCACAACUUUUGGAUGUCUUUUGAUUCCAAUCAGGAUCUGUUUAUCGAAGAGGGAGAAUUCGUUGAAGUUUGGGACGCACUCUUUGAUGAUGUUCUUGAUCUUCAUUCCUAG